CUCCGAGGCUGGAGUGUGUGAGGAGGAAGACGUUUAAAGGGUUAACAGGAGGAGGCGCAGCAGCGGUCAGCUCGUCUGGGUGGAGUGAAGUUUAGAUAUGUACUGUAACAAAUUAGCCAGGACGAGAGCUUCAUGGAAGAGUGAACAAAUCCCGAAAGAGUAGAAAAUAUCCGCGGACAGCCGGGGAGAGACACGCAGGGCCGCUAAAAGACGCUCCAAACGCCGCGCUGAGAUGAGUGAUGUGAGCGAAGAGUCGCUGCUGGAUUAUUUCUACUCGGCCGGAGGCAACUCAGGCAGAGUGAAAAAUGCAGAUAUACUGAGGACAUUUAAGCCUUUUAUUGGGCACAGUGACACUCAAUUGCGUGCUAAAUACAGAGAGGAAUUCAAGCUCAUCAUCGACAGGAUCGCUGUGGUGAAGUCCGAGAACGGCGAGAAGUAUCUUAUCCUGAAGAAGAAAUACAGACAGCUGCUGAAUGAGCGAGAGGGCAAACAUCACGGGACAGACGGAGGCCGAUGUCUGAGCCCGGCCAGGACGACAACAGCCGCCGUGCAGUGGGAGGCGGCGACCGACCCGACAUCCCCCCACACCGGCGAACCCCAAGAUGAGCCGAUGCCAUGCACAGAGGAACAGCCACAUCCUGCCAUCCAGGUCCAGGAAUCGUCAGGGCACAGCAACGGGGAGGAUGAGCUGGACAGAGAUUCGGGGUCAAAGUCUGAGUCGGAGCAGGACGAGGAGUGCACCGGCAGUAUGGGCUCCGCUGCUGUCGCCCUGGAUCCUAUAGAGAAAGAGUGGAUCUACUCCGCUGCCGGCGCUCGAGUCCCUGACCUCUCUCAGCUGCUCAGACAGGACCCGUCGCUGGCCAACAAGAAGGACUUCACCUCCGGGUUUACAGCUCUGCACUGGGCCGCCAAACACGGCAACGAGGACAUGGCCUCCCUGGUGGUUAAUGCCGGGGCUGAUGUCAACACCAAAUCACACGGGGGAUACACACCUUUACACAUUGCAGCGUUGCACGGGCAUCAGCGCAUUCUCGACCUGCUCGUAGGGACAUAUGGGGCUAAAGAAAACGUACGGGACUACAGCGGCCAUCUUGCAUGUCAUUAUCUGAACAUCAAAGAACCAGACGGUCCAGAGGAAGACUGUGAGCUGCUUCCCGUGUUCCAGGUCACUCAGGCCAGAGAGCGGAACAAGAACAGGAAGCUGGCAUCGCUGUUCCACUCCAAGAAGAAGUGGGGCUCAGCGGAGGAGCUCGCUCCGAUAGAGGAGGAGAGGACGGGGCCGCAUCAGCUCGCCCUUCCUGCAUUCAGACCCAGGAAAUUCUCCCGCUGAGGAAACACAGACUCCGGGGAUGAUUUGUGACUCUCUCAGUUUGUCCUCACAUUCAUACAUAUUUACUCUCAUGUACGUACCAAACUAUCAAUCUGUGUUUAUUUAUUUUCUGCAGACACACACACACAGGAUCAUGUACGCACACACACACACAAUUGAACGCAGAAGCUUUAACUAUUAAUAUUAGUAGUAUCAAUAUUUAAGGUUAGCAUAGAAGUAUUUCCUGAAGCCUUUAAAUUUUCAUGUAUGUUUCUUAUUGUGCUUCAUUCAUAUAUUUUUACAUGAGCUCACGUCCUCCUUAAGCUGGCUGUUGGUUGAAGUGAUCAAGGUGAUUUCCUCUACAGAUGUCUGUGCAGGUUCCCAGUCAUUCACCUCAUGGUAUAUCCAAAAAUUGUUUAGAAAAGGCAAACACUUUCCAGUAGAACACAAGUCCAGUCGCUUCUGUUUUUAAACAUUUUUUUGGAGAUAU